AUGGACGAGAUUCUUCAAAAGCGCACUGAUUAUGAGUACUUAAUAGAUUUUGUUGGGGUCUUGUGCGGAUUGAAAAGGAAAACGGAUGUUGAGUGUAAUGGAAAGAUAUUGAAAGUUAUCAUCCUUGAAGUUUUUGCUGAUGGGAAGAAAAUCCCCUGCAAUCUUGUUGGUGACUAUUUUGCUCUUAUAGACAUUAAUAGUUUGAAAAAGUACCAGAGACCACCCGUUCUUAUUUUGCAAUCUUUCAAGAUCAAAGUCAAUGGAGAUAAAGUUAGUCUCCAAAAUGUGAUCAAUGUUUCUCGGGUUUUAAUCAACCCUGAUAUGCAGGAAACUGUGAAUUUUCUGAAUGAAUACCGUAUUGCAAGCCACCAUUUCAGUAGACUCCGUAGUAAUGAGAUUGGAGAUUUAGUAUCUGUAAUUGAUGAUGAAUCUUUUGAUUGGAAGCUAAUACAGACUAUUGCUAAUCUUAAGGGAAACAAUGAGGAUGGACAAUUCUUUAUGGUUGGAAAAAUUAAAGAGAUUGUUGAAGAUCCAAAGUGGUGGGUCUUUUCUUGUGUUUUUGGUCAUCCAAUUAUAGGUGAUGAUAAUGUGUUUCAUUGUCAGCUGUGCAGCAAAGAGGUCCAGCAUUUUAUGAUCAGGUAA